AUGGGUGUUCCCUUUGAGGCUCUUCUUCCCUUUGGUAUCAUCAUCGGAUCGUUCACUGUCGGCGGUGCCGGCUUGUGGGCGGUCCGGAAAUGGGACAACGAGGGCAAGAUGCCGCGGUGGAACAAGGACAAGUGGGAUAGAGUAAUGAUGGAGAGAGACCUGAGAAUCACGGGCACGAAACGAGGCCAAUCGAGCAACCAUGAAGCUCCCAAGGGAUUCGAGCUCAGCAACCCCUGGAAGAUCGAGAAACGGAUUUUCUAG